AGCCCUGCUCUGGAGGACCUGUGAGCUCUGGGUCACCCUCGCCAACCCAGGACUGGGCACCCUGAAGCCGGCCGCCCAGGUAAUUGGAGUUCGCCCCAGCCAAAUGCUUCCCGGCUGGGGCCAGAGUAGCCUUCCGACUGCCAGAAACGCCACGAUUGCGAUCGAGUGAUUUCUCCGGGACAGCCGCAGAGCCUGUUGUCUGGCUCGGAGAUGGCCGUUCGGCAGUUCACAGCCUACAUCCAGCCUGCAAGAUGAUUAUUUACAGCCUCUGGAUAAGGACGGAGCACGGCCCAGCGGGACUCUAGGACCGCCCCCGUCCCGCGGCGCCGGCCGGACAGGCCCCCAGGGCCCAAGAUGAACGGCCCCAAGCCGAGUUUCGCCCUGGACCUCGGGGGACCCUUCACGGAAGAUGCCCCCAGACCCCCGGUCCCCGGCGAGGAGGGCGAGCUGGUCUCCGCGGACCCGCGGCCGGCGAGCCACGGGCCCUACUGCGGGAAAGGCGAGGGGGCCAAGAGCGAGACCUCGACGGCCACCCCGCGGAGGUCGGACCUGGACCUGGGCUACGAGCCGGAGGGCAGCGCCUCGCCCACGCCCCCCUACCUGAAGUGGGCCGAAUCCCUGCACUCCCUGCUGGACGACCAGGACGGGAUCAGCCUCUUCCGGAUGUUCCUUCAGCAGGAAGACUGUGCCGACCUGCUGGACUUCUGGUUCGCCUGCAGCGGCUUCCGUAAGCUGGAGCCCUGCGACGCCAACGAGGAGAAGAGGCUCAAGCUGGCCAAGGCCAUCUACCGGAAAUACGUGCUGGCCGGCGGCGGGAUCGUGGCCCGGCAGAUCAAGCCGCCCACCAAGAGCUUCAUCAAGGACUGCAUCGUCAGGCAGCAGGUCGACCCGGCCAUGUUCGACCAGGCCCAGACGGAGAUCCAGGCCCUGAUGGAGGACAACACCUACCCGCUCUUCCUCAAGUCGGAUAUUUAUUUGGAGUACACGCGGACGGGCCUGGAGAGCCCCAAGAUCCCGAGCGACCAGAGCUCCGGGUCGGGGGCGGGCAAGAGCGGGCCCGGCUACCUGCCCACGCUGAACGAGGACGAGGAGUGGAAAUGCGACCGGGCCCCGGGCGAGGACGGGCUCGGGGAUCUGGCCCCGUCCAGCCAGCUCACGCAGAAGCUGCUCAUGGAGACGGCCACCCAGCGAGCCGCUUCCUCCCGGAGAUACAGCGAAGGGAGAGAGUUCAGGCCCGGGUCCUGGAGAGAGCCGGUGAACCCCUACUACGUGAACACGGGGUACGCCCUCGCGCCCGCCACCAGCGCCAACGACAGCGAGCAGCAGAGCAUGUCCAGUGACGCCGACACGAUGUCCCUCACAGACAGCAGCGUAGACGGGAUUCCGCCCUACCGGAUCCGAAAGCAGUAUCGCAGAGAGAUGCAGGAGAGUGCCAAAGCCAACGGACGGGUGCCCCUACCUCACAUCCCUCGCAAAUACCAGUUGCCAAAGGAUAUCCACGUGGAACCCCAGAAGUUUGCCGCCAUGCUCAUCAACCGUCUGGAGGAAGUCCAGCGGACCCGGGAAGCGGAGGAGAAGCUAGAGGAGCGCCUGAAGAGGGUCCGCGCGGAAGAAGAAGGCAGGGACAGUCCCGUGUCUUUGGGCCCCGCGGGUGUCGGCCACAAGCUGCCCCCGGGCCCGGCGGCACCGCACUUCCCCCCGGUGCGGUCGGCGGAGGCGGGCGGCGUCGGGGCGCCGGUCCGCGACGUGCACGAGGAGAACCCGGAGAGCAUCCUCGACGAGCACGUGCAGCGCGUCAUGAAGACGCCGGGCUGCCAGUCCCCGGGGCCCGGCCGACACUCCCCCAAGCCCCGCUCCCCCGACGCCGGCCACGCCGCCAAGGGCCCCGGGACCGCGGGCGCCGGCCCGCCCGGACACGGCAAGCCGAGCGGCAAGGCGGGCCCGAAGCCGGAGCCCGCCGGCGCGUACCACCACAAGCACGUGUACCACCACGUGCACCACCACGGCCCCCUGAAGCCGAAGGAGCAGGUCGAGGCCGAGGCCGCGCAGAGGGUCCAGAGCGGCUUCGGCUGGAACGCCGACUCCCACGUGUACCCCGGCAAGGCUCGCAACUGCGCCGAGGGCGGGGGCUGCCCGGGGGGCCCCGGCCCCGGGGACGGGCUGCCGGGCUACAGCGGGAAAGCGGGUUUGCUGUCGAAGAGGAACUCGAAGAAGACGGAUCCGGGAAAGAGCGACGGGGCGGGCUACGAGAUGCCGGCCUUCCCCGAGGAUGCCGAGAGGAACCAGAAAAUCCUGCAGUGGAUCAUAGAGGGCGAGAAGGAGAUCAGCAGGCACAAGAAGACUGUCCACGGGUCUUCGGGAGCGAAGAAGCAGAUGAGCCACGACGGGUCCAGACCUCUGUCGAUCGAGCGGCCGGGAGCCGUCCACCCCUGGGUCACCGCCCAGCUGCGGAAUGUGGUCCAGCCUUCCCACCCCUUCAUCCAGGACCCCACGAUGCCCCCCAACCCCGCCCCCAACCCCCUCACGCAGCUGGAGGAGGCACGCAGGAGGCUGGAGGAGGAGGAGAAGAGGGCCGGGAAGCUGCCUGCUAAGCAGAGGGCGAAGCUGCAGAAGCGGGCCGGCGGGAGCGGGGGCGGCUCCCAGCCCUGUGACGGCAUCGUGGUCGCCUAUUACUUCUGCGGAGAACCCAUCCCCUACCGGACACUCGUCAAGGGCCGGGUGGUCACCCUGGGCCAGUUCAAGGAGCUCCUGACCAAGAAGGGCAACUACAGGUAUUUCUUCAAGAAGGUGAGCAACGAGUUUGACUGCUGCGUGGUGUUUGAGGAGGUGCGAGAAGACCAGGCCGCCCUGCCCGUCUUCAAGGAGAAGAUCAUCGGGAAGGUGGAGAAGGUGGACUGACCCUUCCGACGGCCCAGGUCACGGGGCGGGGGCCGGGGGGCCCGGGGGGUCCGGGCGGGCAGCACCUCCUCCCCCACCACCCCCUCCUCACCCGGUCACCCCCGACCAGCCGCUCGGAGGGAGGAGGGCACCCCUCGGAGGGGGCUCACUGUAAUGUAGCACUGUACAGUUGUAUUAGAAAGUAUAAUAUGGCCUUGUUUACUAAAGCUCAUAUUUUUGAUAUAUUGUAAUACACGGGGCGGGGGGGGGUGUUUCCCGGGUCCCAGUGCUCUUAUGUAAAGGGAAGACUCGCCGGCUCAGGCCCGCGCAAGCCACCAAAUGUGUACAGCUCUCUGCCCCUCCGCCCCCCCACCCCGGCCCAAGCUGGGCCAGGACCCCCGCCCGGUCUGGACCGAGGAGGAGGCAGGGCCGGGGCCGGAGGCGGGCGAGUGGCGGGGCCCCGGGCCGGAGCCGCCGUCCCCUCCCUCCUUCCCGCCCCCCGCCUCCCAGCCGGCUGCGGAUGGGGGCACCCCGGAGGUGAGCGAGGCCCUGCCCGGUCCCGGGGCUCGGUCGCCGGCCCCCCCCUUCCCCAGAGGGCAGACGGGUGGGCACGGGCUCUGCCCUCUGCUGCCCCCAGAUCUGGCGGGCUCCGUCCCCCUCCACCUCCCCACCCCCACCCAGGGAGAGCGGGCGGGCAGGCGGGCAAGCCGGGCCCCUCUCCGUCCAUCUGUCCGUCCGUCCCAUGUGUCACAGAGUGCCUUGACCCGGCCGCCAGCCCCCCACAGCCCCCUUACCGGGAACCCCCACCCCCUCCGGGAGCGGGGUGGUGAGCGGCCCCCACGCGUCCUCGCCCCGCUCCGCCCCAGAGCCCCAGAUGGGCCGGGCAUCCGAGGCUCCGCCCCCACCCCCCCUACCCCGGCCGGAGAAGCCGCUGUAAAUAUGUACAUUUGGGGGAUGGGGGGGCCUGGCCCCCCUUCCCAUUUUUCAUGCGCUGAUGACUUGUACAAUGAUCUUUUCAAAGGUACUUGGAAAAUAAUAA